AUGUACACCAAGAAGGCUCUUUCCGUCGGCGCUGCCUCCCUCGCCCUCAUCGAGCAGGCCAUGGCUUUCAACGCUCAUCGCCACCUUCACCAGGACAAGCGCGAGCUGAAGUAUGACAUAGUCACCGAAUGGGUCACCGUCACUGUCACCGGUGAUGAGUCGGUCCCUGCUGCCACUCCCACUCCUACUCCUCAGCCUGCGGCCCCCGAGGCCCAGUACACUCCCACCACGACUUCUACCUCGAUUGUCGUGAUCCCUACUCCCACUCCCACCCCGAUCUACGCCACCCCCAGCACCACUCUCAUCAAGUCGGUUGCUCCCAAGUCGUCUUCCCAGGCUCCUGUCGCCGAGGCCUUCUCUGAGGCUGCCGUUGCUGUUGCUGCUGUGCCUUCUACUUCUUCCGCCAAGGCCACUGCUUCCGCCGUCGUCAGCUCCAGCUCCACCGUCGGAAAGCGUGGUGUUGCUUACAAUGAUCCCACCAAGGUCAACGCCUUCUUCACUGGCGCCUGCACCAACUGCGGCUGGGCUUACAACUGGGACUCUGCUGACAACGGCAUCACUGCCACGGGUGUCAACUUCGUUCCCAUGCUCUGGGGUCCCAUCGACACCCACACCGCCCGCUGGGCCGAGAACGUUAAAGCCUCCAUCAGCAAGGGCUCUACUCACAUUCUGAGCUUCAACGAGUGCGAUAUGCCUUCUCAGUGCAACCUUGGCGCCGCCGAUGCUGCUACCCAGCACGUCAAGUACAUGAACCCCUACGCCACCACCGACGGCAAGAAGAUCCAGAUCGGAGCCCCUGCCAUCACCAACAGCAACAUUGCUGGCCAGGGUCUCGACUGGCUCAAGGCUUGGGUCUCUGCCUGUGACACCGCCGGCUGCACUUACGACUUCUGCGUCACCCACUGGUACUCUCCCUCCAGCGCUGCCGACACCCUCUUCAGCCACCUUCAGGCCGUCCACGAGGCCUGCGGCAACAAGCCCGUCUGGUUGACCGAGUUCGCUCCCUUCGGUACCACCGAUGAGAUCUCCAGCUUCGUCUCUACCAACGUCCCCAAGCUUGACAGCCUGUCGUACCUCGACCGCUACUCUUACUUCAUGGCUUCCGACGGCGUUCUCAACUCCGGCUCUGGCCUCAGCGCCCUCGGCCAGACUUACGCUGCCGCCGCCUAA